AAUACUAAGUUUGCUACUUGGAAAAGACAAAGCAUGGCUUCCAACAUAGCAAACCCUGCUAACCAUUUGCCAUACUUCUUUGGCAAUAUUACACGUGAAGAAGCUGAGGAGUAUCUGAUGCAAGGAGGAGUGAGUGAUGGACUGUACUUGCUCCGGCAAAGCCGGAAUUACCUGGGGGGCUUUGCUUUAUCCUUGGCCCAUGGAAGGAAGGUUCAUCAUUAUACAAUUGAGAGGGAGCUAAGUGGCUCAUAUGCUAUUGCAGGAGGCAAGUCACAUGCCAGUCCUGCUGAGCUCAUUAACUAUCACUCAGAGGAAGCCGAUGGCCUUGUCUGUCUACUGAGAAAACCUUUCAACCGACCACCAGGCAUUCAACCCAAAACAGGACCCUUUGAAGAUUUAAAAGAGAACCUCAUCAGAGAGUAUGUCAAACAAACUUGGAAUCUUCAGGGGCAUGCUCUUGAGCAAGCUAUCAUUAGUCAAAAGCCUCAACUGGAGAAACUGAUUGCCACUACAGCCCAUGAGAAGAUGCCAUGGUUCCAUGGGAGGAUCUCUCGGGAAGAGUCAGAACAUCGUAUUCUCAUUGGCUCAAGAAACAAUGGAAAAUUUCUUAUCCGAGAAAGGGACAGCAAUGGUUCCUAUGCCCUGUGUCUGCUCAAUGAUGGAAAAGUACUGCAUUACCGUAUUGACAGAGAUAAGACAGGAAAGCUCUCCAUACCAGAUGGAAAAAGAUUUGACACUCUCUGGCAGUUAGUUGAGCAUUAUUCAUACAAACCAGAUGGAUUAUUAAGGGUUCUUACCAUCCCCUGCCCACAUCUUGGCUCAGAAAAUGAUGUUGUUUUUAACACUCAUCCUCCUCUUCCUGGAACCCCUUCUAAGAUUUGGGCAGGAGGUGGAAUUAUCUCAAGACUCAAAUCGUACACCUUUCCAAAGGCUGGCAGCAAAAAGCUUCAGCCAACUAUUGGCCACCCACCUGAUGAAGCACCUUUUAAUCCUUAUGUACUGCAAAGGAAGAGAGGACUUACAGGAGCAGAAAAAGGUGAUCAGAGAGAGGCCUUACCCAUGGAUACUGAGGUCUAUGAAAGUCCAUAUGCUGAUCCAGAUGAAAUGAAACCAAAAAAUGUCACUCUUGACAGGAAAUUGUUAACCUUGGAGGAAGGCGAACUUGGCUCUGGCAACUUUGGUACUGUAAAGAAAGGAUUCUAUAAGAUGAAAAAGGGUGCCAAGCCAGUGGCUGUAAAAAUUCUUAAGAAUGAGAGUAAUGAUCCAGCCAUAAAGGAUGAAUUACUGAGAGAAGCAAAUGUAAUGCAGCAGCUGGAUAACCCAUAUAUUGUCCGCAUGAUAGGCAUAUGUGAAGCUGAGGCCUGGAUGUUAGUAAUGGAAAUGGCUGAACUUGGGCCACUGAACAAAUUUUUGCAAAAAAAUAGACAUGUCACGGAGAAGAAUAUAACAGAGCUGGUACAUCAGGUUUCCAUGGGGAUGAAAUACCUGGAGGAGAAUAACUUUGUUCAUAGGGAUCUGGCUGCAAGGAACGUGCUAUUAGUCACCCAACAUUAUGCCAAAAUUAGUGACUUUGGACUUUCUAAAGCUCUUAGUGCUGAUGAAAAUUAUUAUAAGGCACAAAGUCAUGGAAAAUGGCCAGUCAAAUGGUAUGCUCCAGAAUGCAUGAAUUUCUACAAAUUUUCUAGCAAAAGUGAUGUUUGGAGCUUUGGGGUUUUAAUGUGGGAAGCUUUCUCUUAUGGGCAAAAACCAUAUAAGGGAAUGAAAGGUGGUGAAGUUGCACAGAUGAUCGAAAGAGGAGAACGAAUGGAACGUCCUGAAGUCUGUCCAACAGAACUCUAUGAUCUAAUGAAAUUGUGUUGGACAUACAAUGUUGAUGACCGACCAGGAUUUGUUGCAGUCGAGCUGAGAUUACGUAAUUACUAUUACGACAUUUCCCACUAACAGCACGAAGACCAACAAUUUCCUUGCCUCCAGCCAGGACCCUCUGAGAAGCAGUUCAGUUUCUGAAACCAAACUACUUUGAUUUUUGUACUGCUACUUUCACCCUGCAAAGUUCAGAGCUAAACCCUGUGUUUGUAGGGUUGGUUGACUUUUCUUGCCUUCUGUGCAGUGUCCAGCCCCAAAAUAGAGUGUUUAAAGUGGAGAGGCCCCAAAAUGAGCAGCAAGGACGUCAGAGCAGAUGCUUAUACUUUCUCUACAUUCCAUUUCAUUUUAUUUACAGUGUUAUUGACAUUACAGUUUGCAGUCAUGUAAGGCCUUUUUAAUGUCUUUCAGCCCUCUUCCUCUCUUGUAUUUGAAUGCAUAUUGGAAUUUAGAUUCUUGUAAUUAAUAUUCUUAGCCCUCAAAUGCAUUGAGUUGUUCCAGACUUCCCCCUCUCCAAGGAAGGAUAGCAUAAACAUUUCUCACUGUGAAGAAAAUUCACUGUGAAAAUGAGUCGCUUUGACUGACAGCAUGUUUGAUUUUACCCCCAAGCCCCAUUAAAACCAAAUUGUAUUCUUAGUAGUAAUGUAGGCAGAGAAUAAGGAGAUGUAAAUUUCUAACAUCAUCAUUGCCUUUAAAUAUGAGCAGCUUCUCUCGUUCUUCAUCUCGUGUGAAAGUCCAGCUGUCCCUCAGGGAGGUUUGUUGUUUUUUUUUUCCCGGUGAAACUUUGGAAUUGAUGAUUUUGCUGUCAUCUUGGAACAAAACAUAUCAUCACCUAAAACAAUGAUUCUGGGUUUUAACAUAAACUCCAUCACUGCAUUCCUGAAAAGACAGCUGUACAGUGAAAGGUGACAGAGCACCAUCUUUCUUUCUCUCUACUGUUUCAGCCUUCUCCAGAGAUACCUUUUCCAUGUAUCUCUCAGGGAGAGCAGGAAUCAUUUCUGUCUUUUCCAAACCUUUCUUGAAAAGCAUUUGUCAGAAUUCACCACACCUUACCACCUCUACAGCUAAAUUUCACCCCAGCUCAAAUAUUUUAAACCAGGCAUAUGGACAUCAAGUUUACUUUUGCCCACUCCUGAGUGUUAGUAUUUGUCCUGUUAUUAACCCUUGUGAGCAUCUCAGGAAAAUGUAUUUAUCUUAUCACUCUUUUUGUAAUGCACCUCCAUUAAUGUGCAAGUAUAGCAAUGGUAAUAACAAAUAAUGUCAUCAACUUCUGAUUCUCUUUUCACUCUUACACUUUGUUUGUCCAAUCUCAUUUUAAAUAUUAUAGAUAUCAAAAUUUCUAUCACUUAUUUCUCACAAUCAGCCACUUUACUGGCAUUUACAAAUAUCUCAGGAAUCUGCAUACAUUGCAUCUACUAGAU